AGCCUGGAAGAGAGCAAAGGACGAGGAGGGGGAGCCCCCGGAGCUCCCAGCACCACUGAGGAUGGAGCCGGCCAAGCAGCCCCACAGCAAGAGGAUGGCUCCUGCUCCCCCCGUCCCUGGCAAGGCCAAACCAGCCCCCACAGUAGCAAGCAAGCCAGGUGGUCCCCAGCCCAGUGCCUCAGACACAGAGAGGGGCAGAGCCAGUGAUCCAGAUGCCGAUGGCUUCAACGCUGUGCCGGUCACCACGGCCCGGCUCAGCCACCCCACAGCCACCCGCCCGCGGGUGCCGGGCCAGCGGCCGCCCAGCCUCACGCCGGGGGGUCCCUGGGUUGGGGAGCACCCCCCGGGGCCACCGCGCAGCGACGCGGGGGAGGCGCCGGCCCCACCGUGGAGCCCGGAGGUGCCGGUGGCUCCGUGCCCGAAGGAGGCGCUGGCCCUGGGGGACCUGAAGGCGGAGGUGCGGUCCCUGCACAUCCUGGUGGACCUGAUGCGGACGCAGCACCUGCGGGACCUGGAGGACCUGAGGCUGGAGCUGGGGCAGGAGCGGGCCAAGCGCCAGGCGCUGCAGGUGAGUCCCGGCGCGGGGCUGCCCGGUGCGGGGUCCCCGUUGCCCCGCGUUGCUCGCAGCAUCUCCCCGCAGGCAGAGAUCGAGCGGGUGAGGAAGGCGCUGCCCUGCUGAGCACGGCGGGGGCUGCGGGCGCCUCGUGGUGCCGGUGCUGCGCCCGGCUCUGCGCUGGCUGGGGGCAGGAUGCUCACCCCGCAGCCCCGCACCGCUUCCUGCGGCACGGCGUGGGCC